AUGUCGUUAGCCUCGAGACUCGCCGCGAAAGAAGCCUCGCAGAAUGCUUUGGCUGCUCAACACGACAACGAUCACCGCAUAUCUCUUCCUCUUCAUCUCCAGAACGCUGUCCACGAUUCUGCACCUGUCGACAAAAUCUCCGUCGACAGCCUCGCUCUGUCCAAGAUUGCCAAACAUGCCUCUGAAGCCGGUACAAGCUCCACCGGCAUUUGUCUCGGCCUCGAUUUACUCCAGACGCUCGAGAUUUCCAACGCCUUCCCCUCCUACCAGCCAUUCCUCGGCUCUUCCGAAGAAGACGAGCGCAAAGCCAAAAUUCUGCGCAACCAAUACAACGCCAAAAUGUGUCGUAACCUCCACGACGCUGACCUCGAUGACCAGCCUGUCGCUGUGUACAUGGCUGUAGAGUAUGGUGCCACCAUUAGCGAGACUCUAAUCAGCUACGCGCCACUCCUCAGUGGUCUCGGCAAGAACAAGGGCUUCGUAUUGGUGUACGACCAAUCUUCCGCUCGCAACGGCAAUCUCAACCUCAGAGCAUACAGACUUGCUGAGCACUUUGUUCACGCUCUUCGCAAUAACCAGUUCACUGAGAGGUGUCUUACCGAGAACCAGCUCACUUUCCACCAAAUCCUCAUCGAGUUUCCCGUGGAAAUCAAGGCGUCGGCGCUGACCAGCGCGUAUGUACAGUCCCUGGCCACUCCUCAUGCUCAACACUUGGACAAACGCACCACUCUCGCCCGCAACCCCUCCAAAACACUUGAGAUCAACCUCGAGUCCCCACUGCAGGGCAACGUAGACAGCCUGGUCGACAGCGUCGAUGCGUACAGAGACGAGCAGUCGCAGCUCGCUUUCGCCCACAGACACGCACUCAGAGAGAGGAGCAAGGUUGAGGGUCAAAUUAGCAAGCUGCAGCAACAGCGUGCUAGCCAGGGACUCGGUGCUCUCAGUGAGGCUGACAUUGCACGCGCUUUCAAACUCCCCCAAGAACCAACUAAACUGCCCAGCCUCGUCUUGCAGGGACAGAUGGACUGUGUUAGCAGGAGACUGAAGGAUGUCUGUGAAGUCGGUGUCGCUAUGACCCACCCGUCUUCUCUGCAGGGUGUUUAA